AUGAAUUCUACUAUAACUUUCGAAAACACAAAUGAAAAAGCUAACAAACUAAAUCUUUUAACCAAGAGAGAAGUGGAGCGGCAACUUAAUCUACAAAAACGUAAAGAUAACAAGGAUUCUCUUGUAGCGGGUAAUGAAAAAUUGGAGUUUUUCGAAACUCUAUUCGCAGAAAAACGAUCAUACAUAGAAAACAUGAUAGAUCUGUCUAAAAGUGUCCCAGUGAAUGAACUCCCUGAUCAUUUCAAUGAAAUUUUAAAAGAAAUAGUAACUUUACAAAAAUAUGUAGCAGCUUCGAGUAUUUUUAUUAGGAAUUAUGAUAUGCAAAAAUGUCAGAAUAUUUUACAGGAAUUAACAGUAAGAACGAAACAAGUAGAAGACGAAUUGCUACCCAAAAAGAAAUUUUCCUUUAAAAAUAAAGUUAAACAAAAGGCACAGAACAGCGAAAUAAAAAGUAAAAGUAUAGACGAUGUCGAUUUUAAACCAAAAAUUGAGCCAGUUAAAAACGUUACCGGUUUUUUCAAUAAGUGUAACGAACACCUCGCUUUAGAUAAUUCUGAACUGCUUAAAAAGGAUGUUUCUAUAGAAAAAUUAGAUUCUUGUACAGUGUCCCUUCAAGGUAGUCCUUCCACUUUACACUUAAACUACUUAAGAAAUUGUAGGAUAUUCUCCGGCCCAGUUAGUACUUCGAUAUUCGCUGAAAACUGCGAGAACUGUAUUUUGGUCAUAGCAUGCCAACAGUUGCGCUUGCACAACUCUAAAAAUACCGAUAUUUAUCUAUAUGUAACUAGUAGAGCUAUAAUGGAAGAUUGUAAAGAUAUCAACGUUGCGCCUUACAAUUGGAAAUACGAAGGCAUUGAAAGCGACUUUGAAAGUGCCUCUUUUGAUACUGCUGUAAAUAAUUGGACAUGUAUAGAUGAUUUUAAUUGGUUGAAUCAGAAACAUUCUCCCAACUGGAAGGAAAUUGAUGAAAAAGAUAGAAUUCAAAGUUGGAAUCAUUAUUUAUAGACACAAUGUAGUUUUAUUAGUUGUUAACUUUUAUUAAACAGAUUUGCUUCUA